AUGAUCUAGUUCUGGAAUCAAACGGUUCUAUACUGCUCCGUUGUAUUCGGGUUCAAUGAUUACCUCGCCGGAGAAUCCAACACAUAUGCUUGGCUCCAGAGUCCAUCUCAAGCCAACCCCAAUCAAAUUGACUUCUAUUACACAAAUCUCAGGAGUAAAUUUCCACCAACAAAAAAGUUGUUGCAAAGAUACAAUUCCCCAAGAAAUUUUCAAUCUUGAUGCUUUCAUAAAGCUUCAAUCCAAUUAGGUUUUUGCAGAGAUUUGAAUUUGUUCAAUCUCGGCAAAACUAGAACCAGAACCAAUGGCUGUGUCCAAUUCAAUCCUGUGGGUCUCUGCAAAACUCCCAAUUUCUAACAUAUUUCUCCAAAACCCUAAGCACCUUUUGCCCCAAAUCUCACCCCAACCUCUCCGUUUUCAAUCUUCAACAAUCCACUGCGGUCUGCGUGAGCUCCGGGUCCGAAUUGAUUCCAUAAAAAAUACCCAGAAAAUCACCGAAGCCAUGAAGCUCGUGGCGGCUGCCAGGGUUCGGAGGGCCCAGGAAGCAGUCAUCAAUGGCCGACCCUUUGCUGAGACGCUUGUGGAGGUCCUGUACGACAUAAAUGAGCGGCUUCAGUGUGAAGACAUUGAUGUCCCUCUCACAAAUGUUAGGCCUGUGAAGAAAGUUGCCAUUGUUGUGAUCACCGCUGAUCGAGGCCUCUGCGGCGGCUUCAACAACUUGGUGGUAAAAAAGGCUGAGGCCCGAAUCGCGGAAUUGAAGAAACUUGGGUUAGAUAUCACUCUGAUCAGUGUUGGAAAAAAGGGUAACUCGUAUUUUAUGCGUAGGCCUGAGAUUUGUGUUGAUAAGUUUAUUGAAGGUGGCUUAUUUGCAACAACAAAAGAGGCUCAGGUCAUUGCUGAUGAUGUUUUUUCGCUGUUUGUGAGCGAAGAGGUUGAUAAAGUUGAACUUGUGUACAAUAAAUUUGUGUCGUUGGUGAAAUCUGAGCCGGUUAUUCAUACAUUGCUUCCAUUGUCUCCGAAGGGAGAGGUUGUUGAUGUGACUGGGAAUAGUGUUGAUGCAAUUGAGGAUGAGUUCUUUAGGCUGACAACUAAGGAAGGUAAACUGAGUGUGGAGAGGGAGAGUGUGAAGAUAAAGAGGGAAGGGCUUUUGCCGGUUAUGGAAUUUGAACAAGACCCUGUUCAGAUCCUUGAUGCCAUGAUGCCUCUCUACUUGAACAGUCAGAUUUUGAGGGCAUUGCAGGAAUCAACAGCAAGUGAACUCGCGGCGAGAAUGAAUGCUAUGAGCAAUGCCACUGACAAUGCAGUUGACUUGACGAAGACUCUUUCAAAUGUUUACAAUCGGCAACGGCAAGCAAAGAUUACAGGGGAGAUAUUGGAGAUUGUUGCUGGAGCCGAAGCACUAAAGGAGUUUGAGUAAUCUCAGGAUCUUCCUCUCCUUGUUCUUCGUUCCUUUUUGUGUCAUAUUGUUCAUGAUGAAAGUUUUGUGAUCGAAUUCAUUAGGCAAUUUUCUAGGCGAAAAGCAUCAGAUAGCAAUAUUGUUUCUAAAUUGUAAUGAUGAUCGGAGCGGUCGCAUUGACAACGAGAUUAAUAACAUUGAGGAAUAUAUCUCAUUCUUGUUCUAUCCUAA